GCCCUGUCCCGCGCGCUCCCCCCUUCCCCUCCCCAGCCCCGGUCCCCGGCUCCCUUCCCCUCCCCCCCCUUCUCUUGCCUUUUCCCCUGCCCUUGGUAGCCGCCGGGACCCGGGGAAGCUGACAAGGCCUUAGGGAAGGUUUUGUUUUUCCCUACCCCGUCAAUUUAAUUUUAUUCUUUUGAAGAUUCUUCGUUGUCAAGCCGCCAAAGUGGAGAGUGCGAUUGCAGAAGGGGGUGCUUCUCGUUUCAGUGCUUCUUCAGGCGGAGGAGGUGGUAGGGGUGCACCUCAGCACUAUCCCAAGACUGCCAGCAACAGCGAGUUCCUGGGGAAAACCCCAGGGCAAAACGCUCAGAAAUGGAUUCCUUCACGAAGCACUAGACGAGAUGACGACUCCGCAAACGACAAAGAACGACAUGAUGCAAUCUUCAGGAAAGUAAGAGGCAUACUAAAUAAGCUUACUCCUGAAAAGUUCGACAAGCUAUGCCUUGAGCUCCUCAAUGUGGGUGUAGAAUCUAAGCUCAUCCUAAAAGGGGUCAUACUGCUGAUCGUAGACAAAGCCCUUGAAGAGCCCAAGUAUAGCUCGCUGUACGCUCAACUAUGUCUGCGACUGGCAGAAGAUGCACCCAACUUUGAUGGCCCAUCAGCAGAGAGUCAUCCAGGACAGAAGCAAAGCACAACAUUCAGACGCCUCUUAAUAUCUAAACUUCAAGAUGAAUUUGAAAACCGAACCAGAAAUGUUGAUAUCUAUGAUAAGCAUGAUGGUCCCCUCCUCCCUGAGGAGGAGGAACAGAGAGCCAUUGCCAAGAUCAAGAUGCUGGGGAACAUCAAAUUCAUUGGAGAACUUGGCAAGCUUGAUCUUAUUCAUGAAUCUAUCCUUCAUAAGUGCAUCAAAACACUUUUGGAAAAGAAGAAGAGAGUUCAACUCAAAGAUAUGGGGGAGGAUUUGGAGUGCCUCUGUCAGAUAAUGAGGACAGUGGGACCUAGAUUAGAUCAUGCGAAAGCCAAGUCCUUAAUGGAUCAGUACUUUGCCCGUAUGCGCUCCUUGAUGUCAAGUAAGGAAUUGCCAGCAAGGAUUCGUUUCCUGCUGCAGGAUACUGUGGAGUUGAGAGAACACAACUGGGUUCCUCGCAAAGCUUUUCUUGACAAUGGACCAAAGACUAUCAAUCAAAUCCGUCAAGAUGCAGUAAAAGAUCUGGGAGUUUUUAUUCCUGCUCCUAUGUCUCAAGGGAUGCGAAGCGACUUCUUUCUGGAGGGACCCUUCAUGCCACCCAGGAUGAAACUUGACAGGGACCCACUCGGAGGGCUUGCUGAUAUGUUUGGACAAAUGCCAGGUAGCGGAAUUGGUACUGGUCCAGGAGUUAUUCAGGAUAGAUUCUCACCCACCAUGGGACGCCAUCGUUCAAACCAACUCUUCAAUGGCCAUGGGGGUCACCUCAUGCCUUCUGCUCAAUCCCAGUUUGGAGACCUAGGCAAAUCUUUUCUGAAAAGUCAGGGGCAAAGCCAACUCUACCAUACCCAGAAUCAGGGACUCUUAUCCCAGCAACAAGGACAGUCGAAGGAUAUGCCACCUCGGUUUUCUAAGAAAGGACAGCUUAAUGCAGAUGAGAUUAGCCUGAGACCUGCUCAGUCUUUCCUGAUGAAUAAAAACCAAGUGCCAAAGCUUCAGCCCCAGAUAACUAUGAUUCCUCCCAGUGCUCAACCACCACGCACUCAGACACCGCCUUUGGGACAGCCGCCUCAACUUGGUCUUAAAACAAAUCCACCACUUAUACAAGAGAAGCCUGCAAAGACCACCAAGAAACCACCUCCUUCUAAGGAAGAGCUACUUAAACAAACUGAGGCUGUUGUGACUGAGUAUCUGAACAAUGGAAAUGCUAAUGAUGCUGUCAACACUGUGAGAGAAAUGAGAGCUCCGAAACACUUCAUUCCUGAGAUGCUGAGCAAAGUAAUCCUUCAAUCCCUAGAUAGAUCAGAUGAGGACAAAGAGAAAGCAAGUACUUUGAUCAGCUUGCUCAAGCAGGAGGGAAUAGCCACCAGUGACAACUUCAUGCAGGCAUUCCUGAAUGUAUUGGACCAGUGCCCCAAACUGGAGGUGGACAUCCCAUUGGUGAAAUCCUACUUAGCACAGUUUGCAGCCCGUGCCAUUAUUUCAGACCUGGUGAGCAUUUCCGAGCUGGCUCAACCACUGGAAAGUGGCACCCACUUCCCUCUCUUCCUGCUCUGUCUUCAGCAGUUAGCUAAGUUACAAGACCGUGAAUGGCUAACAGAACUGUUCCAACAAAGCAAAGUGAAUAUGCAGAAAAUGUUACCAGAAAUUGACCAGAACAAGGACCGCAUGCUGGAGAUCUUGGAAGGGAAGGGGCUUAGCUUCUUGUUCCCGCUUCUGAAACUGGAGAAGGAACUGCUAAAGCAAAUAAAAUCGGAUCCAUCCCCUCAAGCCAUCUAUAAGUGGAUUAAAGAUAACAUUUCACCCAAGCUUCAUGUAGAUAAGGGAUUUGUG